UGAAAACUGACCAUUGGUCAGUUUUUCCAGUAUUUCAAACAAAAGAAGAUUUUAAACUGACCCUUGGUCAAAGAUGUUGACAAUAAAUCGCUUAAGGGUUAAUCUUUAGUUUCCUUUUCCUGUGGAAAUUGUUUUCUUGAUUCAUUCAAAGAUUUACUUUCACCGAGAUCACAUUGAUUUCGUUUAAUUGUGACAAUCAAUUGAACUUUUUUCCCUUGUUUCCUUUUGAUUUUGUUUGCCAUUGAUUUUAAUUGUUGAGGUAACAAUGAUUUUCAAGAACAUAAUUAGUCUUAAUUCAUGGAUGUGCACAUCAUCAUCUUCACAAUUAUCAUCAACCUCAUCACCUUCAUCAUCAACAUCAUCAAUUGAUUCAAAUGGUAACGAUAUAAGAGUUUGGGAGCCAAGAAAAGUUAAAGUUAAAGUUCAUCACACUGAUGGAGAUGUUAAAACCUUAACUAUCGAUGGGACUAAUUAUCAAACUUUAUUUGAUCAACUGGCUAAAUUUACUGGAUUACCAAUUAAAAAUGUAUUCAGUUGUAAGAUAAUUGGAUCAAGAAAUAGCUAUUAUCCGGAUAACAAUCAGUUGACUGUGAUUAACCGUCGAUUCCGUCGUUACAAUCAUAUUCCAUUGGAAACAAUUAACUCGAUUUCUGAUGAAGAGAUUUUUGUUAACACAUCAGAUUCAUUUAUCUUAAUGAUUUACCACAAAUUAACUGAUCGGAUUAUGAUUCAAUUUGCUUUGAUUGAUGAAACAAUUUACAUGGAUGCAAUUGGAAACCCUGAUUAUUGUGAUAGGAAAGUUAACCAGAUACAAUUUAAUUACUCUAAACGUGAUCGCAUUGUACAAUUAAAGGCUCUUAUGGAUGAUAAAGACCUAAAAUCAAAGUUAAUCAAAAGAUAUAAGAAACAAUCAAUUGAGAAAAGGAGUCAAUCAUAUCAACGAUUUAUUGAUUACGCUCAAGAUUUUACUACUUUCCAAUUGGAUUUGAAUGACAAAAGCCAACAAUUAGACAAUAAUUGAUCACAAUUAACCUUACCCUACAUCAAACAAACUUUGUGACUUCGUGAAAUUAUUUUUAUAUUAACUUUUUUUUCUCGUUCAUCAAUUAAAAUUCACUACGACAAUUUAAUCAUUAGUAAAUAAUAA